AAGCGGUUAGUUACGAAGAUUGGGUCUUACAGGAUUUACGCACUCAAUAUGUCGAGGUUCUCCUAUUUUGCAUGGCUCUUCACUGUUUGCGGACUGUGGGGAACCCAAGCUCAAUACCAGCAGCCAAUAACAGCGAGCAUACUGGAUCAUAUUGCCUCGCACCAACACCAGUGGUUCACAUACACAGCGCAGCUUCAAGCUGAAGCUAACGCAAAAAUAGACAGUUUGAAAAAAGAACUAGUAGGCCUACUAAAGGCGCUAGAGAAAAAAACGGAUACCCAACACAAGUCGCUUCAGGACAUUGUGAAGUCUCGCAAAACAGAAAUUGGGCACAGAGCUAUAAACCAGGUUUUCAAGAAGUAUGGCUCGAGGUACUUCUACAUUGAAAGGCAAGAAAGAUUAAAUUGGUUUCAAGCAUAUAACAAAUGUCGCCAAAUCGGUGGUCACCUGGCUUUAUACAACGACCUGGAGGAACUACAAAAGGUCAACCGCGAUACCCCUGUAGGUGCAUUUUGGUUGGACAUCACCUGCUUGGCCAAAAAAGCAGUUUAUCUUUCCACUCGCACCGGCGAGAGUCCACCAUUCUUUAGAUGGGAGAAGGACGAACCCUCCAACAAGGAAAACGAAUGUGUGGAUUUGUACAGGGGAAUGAUGUACACUGAAAGUUGUUGGGAUACACACUUAUUUAUUUGUCAAAGUGAGCAGUAAUGAUUGCUAUAUUUUUUUUUAUUUUGCUUCUUGAUUUCCUUGUGAAAAUCCUGGCUAAUAGUAAAAAUUAAGAUAAAAUGUGAAAUGUAAAAUUUAAAAAUCUUCGUCAAACAAUGAAACUGUGCUAAAUAAAUUCAAAUGUCGUUCAAGAA